CAACAAAUACAGAUACAGUCACACAAGCAGAUAUUAAAAUAACAUAAUUUUACUGAACUGAUAAGAAAAUGAGCUGUAGGUAGCGCAAAAUCCUGAUAUGAGGAAAGGAACAGAAAGGACCUACAGCCCACAAAAAAAAAAAAAAAAAAAAAUGCGGAAGGGGGAGUGACGGUUGUAUAGAAGCACAGGGCUGACUCUGGGCGCAGGUCCAAGAAUUAGGAAAUGGGGAAAGUCACACUGCCAAGGAGGAAAUACAAGGAGAACAAACAAGAUAAGGAAUGAUUUUGAGAACAGGCAACGACGAAAGUCGAGUAAAAAAAAACAAAAAACAUGCGGAUAGUAUUUGAGGAGCAAGAUUUAAGAAGCUCAUAAACAUUUACAGUAUUACUACUAUUUCAUUUAGAUUGCUACUUUCUUUAGAUAUUUAUGUUCACUUUUUUGUUUUUAAUCGGGUUCUUUUUCUUUCUAAUAAAGGCGUAUAGGGCAAACCGUUUUAUUCGAUUUUUCCCGAAUGAUUUCCGCUAGUAUUCUGACGUAUGACAAUGACUUGGUCACGCCCAGACAGCAAAAUCAAGUAGAAAAAGAGCAGCAGAGGAGAAGGCUCCGAGUGCACUUGCAGACACACGGAUUCAAACUCUAUUUCUCAACUGGUGGGGACAAACGGGGAACAUACUGGCCACACUUCAGCCUCGAGUUGGGAACUGGUUUCAUCUCCACUGCCUGGAUGGAGCUGUUAAAGCAUUUUAAAAAGAAGUUGGUUCUCGUCUUCAUCACUGCACUCUUCCUCUUUUUGGUCUUCACUGUGAAAACGCCCAGCACAUACAACUCAAUCCCAAAACCAUCUGGGCCGCAAAGUGCUUGCUCCAUGAGGAUAUCCGAGCAGACCAUCACGCCGCUUAACAAUACCAAGCACUUACUGGUGUCAGCCUACAUGGACCAAAGAGUGAAGGAUUUUGAUAUACGCAUCAUUGGCAUAUUUAGGAGAGACUCCAUUCAACCCCUUCACUGCUUUUUCUGCUGUACUGGUUAUUUGAGUAAAACCACUCCAGCAACAAUUUUACAGCAUCCAGAUAACUUUGGUUUUCCCUUUGUCACUACGGAUGUCAUGUGUCAGAUUCCUCAGAACUGCAAUGCGACACGUGUCACUCUCUUGACUACACCAGACAAAGAGAGUCCAUCUACUGAUCAAUGGCUCCCAAUAAGAAACAAAGACACAGUUGGACAGAAGGAAGAAAACAUGCAGUUUGACUUCACAGUCUGCAUCUCUAACCUCUUUGGUGACUACAACAAUGUGCUUCAGUUUGCACAGACUCUGGAGAUGUACAAGUUGCUGGGUGUGAACAGAGUGGUGAUCUAUAACACCAGCUGUGGUCUAGAGCUCAAUCGCCUGUUGCAGAGUUACAGCGACGAGGGCUUUGUGGAAAUGGUUCCUUGGCCCAUUGACAAGCAUCUGAAUCCAUCUCGUGGCUGGCUUCACUCAGAGCAUGGAGGAGACGUGCACUACUUUGGCCAGCUGACCACACUUAAUGAGUGCAUUUACAGAUCAAUGGAGCGUUCUCGCUAUGUCCUGUUGAAUGACAUUGAUGAGAUUAUAAUGCCAUACCAGCACGAUGACCUGAUGUCUUUGAUGAACACGCUCCGAAAUCAGCAUCCAAAUGCAGGGGUGUUCCUUAUUGAGAAUCAUAUUUUCCCAAAGAAACACUUUGAGCCAAGCGGACGGUUUCACCUGCCUCAGUGGAACGGGGUGCCAGGAAUUAAUAUUCUGGAGCACAUCUACAGGGCGGACCCCGCCAGAAACAUAUACCAUCCACACAAGAUGAUAGUUCGGCCAAGAAUGGUGGAGUGGACUUCAGUCCAUGAAGUGAUCAAGAAUUUUGGAGAACGCUACAAGGUUCCACUCGAUGUUUGUCGGAUCAUUCAUGUCCGUGUGGCUCUACAGGGAUCAUUAACCCUGGAGCAGCUUAAUGUGGAUAAACGACUGUGGGACUUUCAGGAAAAACUCAUUCCCAACGUGGACAAGGUGUUGAAGAGGGUGGGGAUGUUGAACUUGACAUAGAACUAAUGGAUAAGAUGUACAGGCACUACGAUGGACACUUGUUAAACACAGUGAAUCAGAUCGUGAAUGUGCAUCUUUGAAUCAGGGGCAUUUGUGAAUUCAUUGUGUCAUUGUUUUCUGAAUAGUUUGCUUAUUUUGCACCAAGUGCCAGUAAAAUCCCUACACUUACCUGAAUAUGGCUUAAUUGCCUACCUUGAAUAACUACAAGUGUUUUGAAGAACACAUUGGUUCCAAUGCUGUGUGAUAUGAGUGUGACCAUUUAAAUAGUCCUCCCAUCAGAGAUGGGGAAAGCAUUUUUAUCUGGGGUGGCUGUAGCUCAGGAGGUAGAGCAGGUCACCUAUUAAUUGUAAGGUUGGUGGUUUGAUCCCUAUCGAGUCACCACAAUAUGCCAAGUAUUCUUUGGCAAGACAAUAACACCAAGUGUCUCUGUAAUGUGUUAGAUAGAAAGAGCUUAGGGAAUAAAGUUUAAAUACUAUUUUGAGAGUAAAGUCAACAUGUAAAUACAAGGUCUUGAAAGACGAGGCCCUUCCUCCUAAGGUCUAAGGAUAAUGUUGGUAAUAUAAAAUUCUUAUAUAUUUUAUCAUUUGUUGUGACCUUGACCCAGUUUUCCCCAAAAUGAAAGGCUCAUGCUGUUAUUGGUAUGAACCAUCACAGUUUGAAAAUGAUAUCUUAGACCCGUACUCGCAUUCCAGCCUUUACAUUCAUUACAUAAUUUACAUUCAAUAACUAGAGACGGUUGUGUGAGAAAAGUAAAUAAGCAUUUUGUGAAAUACUCAGAACAGCCAGAUUGGCACCAACAACCAUGACACGUUCACUAAAAACACCUUUGUUCACCAUUCAAAUACUGUUUUGACUUCAGGGAGUUGUCUUGACCAUGGUCGUGUCCAAAUUCAUGGGCUGCAUCCUCCUGAGGCCGCAUUUGUAGACAGCGACGCGCCGAAGGCUGUCCAA